CGCUGUAUGGACAGCUAGCACAGUGUCUGCGCAGAGUUCGAAGAAUGGAACAGGAAUUAUCCUGCCCAGGAUUAUAUACACCUCUCCAGACAUGACCAUUGUGUCGGGAGGAAAGGCCAUCUUGAAAUGCUUUAUGGAACAUUUGGGCCAAAAUCAUGUGUUGUGGAUUCACAAGGCGAACGGACAGUUUCGAGUCUUAACGAGCGGAGGCAGUCGCAUCACCAGCGACACUCGCUUCACUGUAGAGGUGAAGAGUGCGAAUCAGUUCAACUUAAACAUCAGAGAGGUCUAUGAGGAGGAUGCAGGAGAGUAUCAGUGUCAGAUAUCUGCCUCUAGCGUUGUGUCCAGAAGCACGCACGUAACAGUACACACGCCACCUGUGAUAACACAAGACAGUUCGAGGAUCCUGCAGGUGGGUGAGGGAAACAAAGUCUACCUGGUGUGUAACGCCACAGGGUUCCCAAAGCCUCGAGUCUACUGGCAGCGCGAAAACGAGGCCAUCCUGCCGAUGGGUGGAUUCCAAUUCUGGGGGAAUGUUUUAGAAAUCAAUGCAAUCAGCAGGGAAGAUCGAGGAAUAUACAUUUGUUACGCGACCAACAGUGUGGGCAGCGGAGAUAAGAGAUCUAUUCCUAUGAAAACCAGCAAGCUGUCGAUCAGUACUGUGAGGGACGAGCACUACAGGCAGUAUCGAUGUCAUACUGAGAAUGAGAAGGGAGCUGCAGAUGGCUAUGUUAAGUUGUCAGUGACGAGUGGAGCCAUGAAGACACCAUUGACUGCACCGUUGGUGUUGGGUCUGAUGACGUUGGUGUGGCUGUCGUUAUAGCAAGUGUUAUCAAGCAGUGGUUUACAUCAUCAAUGUUCAUGAUCAUAUCAAGGUACAUAGAGAAGUUAACGAUUAUAUUGCAGUCCAGUACUAUGAAGUUUGUUAAAGAGAGUUUAGUUUUUUGUAGAUUGCAGAGAUACAAACUGAAACGUUGACAACAUUAAUGAUCUGAUGUUAUAUGAACUGGCAUAAUUGUACAUUACAUCAUGGCUGCAUGGCAUUUGUAAAAAAAUACUACCACAAUCAUUUUCUCGAUAGCUAAUCAUGAAAGCGGUGGAAAUGCAUGUGAAAUUAAGGAUCAUUCUUUCUCAUAGCUAAUCAUGUACGCAAAGGAAAUUAGCGACAAUCUUAUUAUGAGACAGUUAGAAAAUUACGAGUGUAUGUGAUUUGUCAAUACUACGUUAUUAUGUAAGAUGAGGUCGCUGAUGGGGUAUGGCAAUGAAAUGCCAUAUAUGGCUGUAUAUUUUACAUUAUCAUUAGCACUAAAAAUGUUCAUUUGUUAACAAGGUCACUUGCUAUUCCCUUGUAGAGGAACGAUAGAAUGAAAACGUUAAAUUCUUUACCAUGGGUUUCGUUUUGCCCCCGAUUUUUAUGUAGGAUUAAGCCCUGGUAUCCGGCUUGUUUUAGUCAUUUAAUCAACAAAUUUUAGUAAGAACGGAAAUGUUUAUUGGGAAUCAGAAAAGGGUAUAAAUAAUUACUGGAACUGAGAUAUGGGAUACCCCAUCAGGACCCCCAUAGAUGGAAAUUAGACUGUUGUUUUGAAUGAAGGAAGGCAAAGCCGGGUGUUGAAAUGUUGAUGGGAUAUACGACAUCUGAAUCUCGUGACGCAUGGCAAUGUUGGCUUUGCCAUCGUAGCUUGCCAGCUUGCAGAUGAUUUUUAUACAGUUUUACUUUGCACUUAUAACCUGUAAAUAGCGUGUUUACACGUAAAAGUUCUAUUGUGGAGUGUAAAAUCGAGUUAAAUGCAUCUGGUGCAAUAGAUUGCGUGUCAGAUUCGUAUAACUUGUUACAACACAAGCUAGCUGGUAUCCGUGUAGCUUCCCCCGCCUAUAGUGAGAGCGACGGGCUACACGGAUAGAAUCAAGCACAAGCUAGAUCUGUACUGUUGUGAUUGCAAUGCUUAGCUAUGGUUCUUGUCCGUAUAUCAUGACAUACUUGGUAUGUACAGUUUAUGUCUUGUUUCCGCCAGACGGCAUCUUCUGAGUGCAGCCAUGGUGCGUUUGUACGUAUACGUACUUUUAUUACGUAAAAUAUCUACUGUUGAUAUACUCUGUACAGUUACAAUGUUUUACAACAAUAGAUGGCGAAAGUGCCGGUAUGUUAUUGUUGCCCUCAGCUUUACAGGCUGCCCGGCGGGCGGAUUUUUAGAGUUGGAAAUAGAACUGUAACCGCUUGCGCGGUUUUUAGCCUAUGGGCGCUCUCUUCAUUUAGAAUCUCGAAUUGUCAUCUGUGUUUUAAUACUCAUUGUGAGCGGUACCUAUGAUUUGUAUAUGUUGCGUAAAUGUUUACCUGUUAGCGCGUACGUGGGGCGUUUGGGUUGUGUCAUUUUUAUGAUCGUUUCACCACGCGCUGAUAUUUUAUGGGUUUUAAGCUGCUGUAUUGAUGAAAUGUUUCCACGUUAAUGCUGAAACCCAUGGUCAUAACCUAUGGUCAUAACCUAUGGUAUGAAACACAUGGUCAUACUCUUGUUCUGAUCAUUAAAUAACGUAGAGAAAUGUGUGAAGAUAUUAUCGUGAAAUUGUUGUUCAGUGGACUAGUGGCGUGCAACUGGUUCUAUAUUAUCAUGAGCCUAUAUUAUAUAAUACUAUAUUAUAGGCUAUUGAAACUCUUCAUGAUACUGUAGUUAUAUUUUUGUGAUAUAGAAGGAAACAGCAGCUCGCACUCUCACACACAGAGAUGUAUUCAUGGCUAGCGUAUAUUUUCACUUUAUCCUGCUGAUUCAGCAAACGCUAUUUUGUAUUUUACAUUUCUCCGUCCUUAGCUGUUAAAAACUACAGACAUCUUCAACGCGAUUCUUCAUUAAACUAUUCUGAAUUUCACCUAAAGUCACCUGACUUCAUAAACGGUCGGUUUUGAUAGAUACUAUUGGCAAAGUCUGGAAACAGGCAACGCGAUAGUGUGUAAAUGAAGAAUAGAAGUGUAGACCAUACACGAGUGACUGUCCAUGUAAUAAUCGUGGCAAUAAAAUAAAAUUUUCGUUUUUUAACUACUAUU